UCAUUUUGGACUUCUUCCCCACCAGGAGACUACCACAGUGCCUAUCAUGCUAGGGUCAGAGAACAGGUUGAUGGAUCAAGCUGUUGUGUCAACCUUGAGGUCCCAUCUGGGGGAAGAGGUUACUCUUGACCUGGGCAAGGGGUUGAGAGGGAGAAGAACCAUGGUCCCUGCCCUGUGGGAGGCCCAGAUGUGAUGGAAACAUGCCAGAGCCUGGCAAGCCCUCAGAAGCAAGCAGAGGGCAAAGCAGGCAGCUGAGCCUUGAGUGAACUCAGGAUGUAGAAGUGGAGAGGAGUCCAUCAGGAAAGGCUCCUUGGUAGAAGGUGAGAGUGGCAUGGCUGUGCCCCAGGCUUUCCCGCCGGGGCCCCUCCAUGAGGGGGGUGCCCUGGUGGAGCCCCAGCCCUCCCCUCGAAGCUCGGCCGAGGGCUUCUUGGAGGAGGAGCUCCGGCUUAACGCUGAGCUGAAGCAGCUGCAGUUUUCUGAGCCUGUGGGCAUCGUCUACAAUCCGGUGGAGUAUGCGUGGGAGCCGCAUCGCAGCUACGUGACCCGCUACUGCCAGGGCCCCAAGCAAGUGCUCUUCUUGGGCAUGAACCCAGGACCCUUUGGCAUGGCCCAGACUGGGGUGCCCUUUGGGGAAGUGAGUGUAGUCCGGGACUGGUUGGGCAUUGGGGGGCCUGUGCAGAGCCCUCCCCAAGAGCACCCCAAGCGACCAGUGCUGGGACUGGAGUGCCCUCAGUCCGAGGUGAGUGGUGCCCGGUUCUGGGGCUUUUUCCGGAACCUCUGUGGACAGCCCGAGGUCUUCUUCCGUCACUGUUUCGUCCACAACCUGUGUCCUCUGCUCCUCCUGGCUCCCAGCGGGCGCAACCUCACCCCCGCCGAGCUGCCGGCCAAGCAGCGAGAGCAGCUCCUUGGGGUCUGUGCCGCGGCCCUGUGCCGGCAGGUGCAGCUGCUGGGGGUGCGGCUGGUGGUGGGCGUGGGCCGCCUGGCCGAGCAGCGGGCGCGGCGAGCUCUGGCCGGCCUGAUGCCCGAGGUCCAGGUGGAGGGGCUCCUGCACCCCUCCCCUCGCAACCCGCAGGCCAACAAGGGCUGGGAGGUGGUGGCCAAGGAGAGACUGAACGAGCUGGGGCUGCUGCCGCUGUUAACGAAGUGAGCGCCCCUGCGGCCGGCACAGGACGUGUUCAAGGUCCCCUGGGUCCUUCGGGGCAAGCAGAUGGCCACGCGCCUCCUGGACUGGAGCGACAAGGUCCCCCUCGGCUCCCUGGUUGCUGGGACCUGCCGCGGCAGUUUGGACACUACUCCUGCUUGCCCUCCCGAUUCCUGCCCACCUCACCUUCCUUUGAGCAUUGCUUCUUUGGUCUGUGGUACCCAGCUCCACAGAGAGCCAGCACCUGCAAACUGCUCUACCUCAGUCUUUCCCUGGAGCCUCUCUUUGGCGGAGAGUGACCUGAACAGUGACUUCCGAGGUCACAUUUGCUGUUUUAGAGAAAAGAUCCUGCCAGGAUCCCCACCCGUCGUCCUAGAACGGCUUCCUUCAGCUCACCCCUUGCCUCACAGGGACCAGGACAAAGCGUGGGUCAUGGCUGCUGAGAGUGAACUUCUGACGGGAGACUGAGGCUGCGUCAGAGAGAGACGAUUCAGUGUGGCAGCGUGGGAACGGCCAGAAGACCUGGAUUUCCAUCUCCCAGCUUUGAGACUUGUGAACUUUACGACUUCGGACAAGUUGCUUGACCUCUCCAAGCCUCAGGAUCCUCAUCUAUAAGAUGGGGUCCCUGCCUCUUGGGGCUGGUGUGGGGAUUAACUGAGAUAACCCUUAAAAGUGCCUUGCGUAGUGCCUGGCACGUGGGUGCUCAUUACACCUUUUCUAGCUUUCUUGCCCCCAGGUUGGGGAGGCACUGCACUGCACUACACAGGAAGCCCCUCUGACCCAAAGACCCGGGUGUGGGUAGGGGUCUGGGCCUCCACCUGUAGCCUGAGUGACGGGGAGAUUCUUGACCCACCAGAGAUGGACUAAUGACUUUAUGACGAACCCAGCCUGUGAUUUUUCCGUCUAAGCAUUAAAAGCUCCUAAACCCUUU